AUGUUGGCUGACAAGUACUUUCAACGUCUCGGAUUCACUCCGGAGCAAGCCAAAGUUAUAUCUUCCAAGCACUGCAAGGACCAUCUCGAUCAGAUUGUCGAGGCGAACUUGAGAAAAAUCACUUUUGACAACCUUUCGCAGCAUGGAUUGCCCCUGACUGCCAGUAUUGAUGUGCACCAAACAGCCACCAAAAUUUUGGAUCAUGGACGUGGUGGAUUCUGCUUUGAAUUGAAUGGAUUGUUGGCAGCAUUUCUAGAAGAACUUGGUUAUACCGUCCAACGAUUGCCGGCCAUUGUCCAUUCCGAUGAGAGGAAAUUUAAUCAUCCCCCCAGUCACGUCAUUUUGGUCGUCAGUACUACUAGUGACCCGGACGAAAAAUGGUUUGCCGAUGUUGGCUUUGGAGAACCCGCCAUUCAUUCCUUGCGCUACGAGUUGGAUACCGAGCAAACAACUCCCGAAGGAAUGACGUCUCGCAUCGUUCAAGACGAGGGAAAUGUCGUCAAUUUGGAAUGGAAGAAGGAUGGGGAAUGGUUGCCACGGCUCAAAUGGGAUUUUGAACAUCCUGGUCAACCAUUAGAAGCAUUUCAAAGUGGGCUGGAUAUUGUGCUGGAUGAGUCCAGCAUUUUUCACAAGAAACUCAUUGUCUGUCGGAUAGACCGAAACGAGAAGGUUUCCUUGGCGGGAAGUCGAUUGAAACGAACGUCUCCUCGAUUUGGACCUGACGCGACUGUCACAGUACAAGAUCUGGAAACAACCGAGGCUGCCCAAAAGGCACUGAAGGAAGUUUUCCGUGUACCCAAUCCACAGGAUUUAGAUUUGGAACGAUCCAAACAAGCGGCCCCAAAAGUGUGGUCGACCAUGUAA